UUAUUUAAAGAAAACACGGACACGCUCAUUUGUUUGGAUACCAGACACUGAAGCUCAGAAGGAAUGCGAGAUUAACUUGAACUAUUUGUGACAGAUAUCGUGUCGUUAGUCCUCUCCACUGAACCAAAAUGUACAAGGGUUUCCGAACAUGGAUUUUACUGCUGGUUUUUCACACACUGACAGUUGCUGUUUGGGCAAGACGAGGGAGGAGAAAUGUCCUUUUCAUAAUUGCAGAUGAUUUGAGGACAUCAUUAGGCUGCUAUGGGGACUCUCUCGUAAAAUCACCUAACAUUGAUCAACUGGCAUCCAAAAGCCAGGUUUUUCUCAAUGCAUAUGCACAGCAAUCAGUGUGUGCUCCCAGUCGAACGUCCAUAUUGACGAGUCGUAGACCGGACACCACCAGGCUCUAUGACUUCAAAUCGUACUGGAGAGUCCAUUCUGGAAACUACACCACCAUGCCACAGUACUUUAAAUCUAAAGGUUACUUAACCUUGUCUGUGGGCAAGGUAUUUCAUCCAGGUAUUGCUUCUAACCACACGGAUGACUACCCCUACAGCUGGUCCAUCCCUGCCUACCAUCCAGCUUCAUUCACAUAUGAAAAAAAAAAGAUGUGUAAAGGAGAGGAUGGGAAACUCCACGCCAACCUACUGUGUGCAGUGAACGUGACGCAGCAGCCCGGGGGAACCCUCCCCGACAUGGAGAGCACGGACGAGGCCGUGCGGCUUCUGAAGAGUCGGGCCAGCGAUGACAAUCCUUUCUUCUUGGCUGUGGGCUUUCACAAACCACACAUCCCCUUUAGGAUACCACAGGAGUACCUGAGUCUGUAUCCCAUUGAGGAAAUCACUUUGGCCCCUGACCCCGAUGUCCCUAAACUCCUCCCACCUGUUGCCUACAACCCCUGGACAGAUGUGAGGAGGAGGGACGAUGUCCAGAAGCUCAACAUUAGCUUCCCCUAUGGACCCAUCCCUAAAGACUUCCAGCUGCGUAUCCGGCAGCACUAUUACGCCGCCGUGUCGUACAUGGACGCUCAGGUCGGGCGGCUGCUCAGCGCCCUCGAUGAGCUGCGUUUGUCCAACAGCACAGUGGUGGUGUUCACCUCAGAUCACGGUUGGUCGUUGGGAGAACACGGUGAAUGGGCCAAAUAUUCCAAUUUUGACGUGGCGACGCAAGUCCCCCUUAUGUUCUACGUUCCUGGGGUCACCUCACACCGUAACUGGCGUGGAGAGUCUACCUUUCCUUAUAUUGACGCAUUCAACCAAUCACAGCACAGCUUUAACAAUGACAAAGUGAUUAAGAACAUGGUGGAGCUGGUGGAUGUUUUCCCGACCGUCUCCUACCUGGCCGGCCUCAGAGCUCCGAAACGCUGUCCUGAUGUUUCCUUCCAGGAGGAGUUGUGUACAGAAGGAGCCAACCGGGCCCACAUCUUCCGACGCCCAGAGAGAGGAGAGAACGGGGAGGCGGUGUCGUUCAGCCAGUACCCCCGACCCGCCAACACCCCGCAGGAGAACUCUGACCUCCCUGACCUCAAAGACAUAAAGAUCAUGGGCUACUCUCUGCGCACCUGGGACUACAGAUACACUCUGUGGCUGGGCUUCAACCCCAACACGUUCCAGGUGAAUGUCUCAGACGUCCACGCUGGAGAGCUGUACAUGUUGGCGAGCGACCCCGGUCAGGAUAACAACGUCUACAGCGACUUUGACCACAGUGUGAUGAUGACGAAGAUGACCAGACUGCCUCCUACCGUGAGUCUGCAGAUGAGGAUGAAGCUGCAGCUCCUCUACCUCUCAGCAGGGAGGAAGAGGAAGGCGUGAUGAUGGGAAUAAAACAACAAAUGGAUGAAUGGAGACGAGCACAAAGGGAAGAUGGAUGGAGGAAAAACAUCUAGAAAGGGAGAAUGAGUUAUAUAUUCACCUUUAAUUAAGGCAGACUUGAUUUCAUGUUAUUUGGUAGCAGUAUUCAUCUCUCAGGUUGAAUUCUUCAGGCUGAUGUUCCUUGCUAAGAACUCGUGUGUUUCUACAUCCAUAUGUUCACAGACACUUCCUCUUCCUGCUGCUAAACACAACUUCCUGUGUCUUUAUUCCUGGGCCUCUUCACACCUGCCACUGACGUCUGUAUUAUCUCAAUGAGUCAAUUGUGAGAAGGAAGUGUCAUUAUAGUUUUGCAUGACUCAAGCAGCUAUUAGAUAGAUGUCUGAUUAUCUACGGCAAAUACACUUUUUUUUUGGAGAUGAGCAUAUUUGCUUUUCAUUAAAGAUUUGGAUGAAAAGCUCUGUAUGCUAAAUAUAAAGCUAGCUAGCAGGGGUUUAGCUUAGCAUAAAGACUGGAAUCAGGGUGAAACCGCUAGCCCGUUAAGCUAAUUUAUUGACUCAUUAUAUGUAGCAAGCAAUGUAAAAAUGACAUGUUUUGGAAAUAAUGGGACUAAAAGCAACUAUACCAAGUCGUUUUUGUUGAGUAAAAUGUUGCUUGCUGUUGGGGUUUAGCUUCCAGUCUUUAUGCUAAGCUAAGCUAAUAGGCAUCUGGCUAAUGUUAAGCAGUCUAGAUUUUUCCAAUGUAAAUCAAAUAUUAGGUUUCCAAAAAUCUUUAACUAUUCCUUUAAUAUACCUAAAACCAGGGAAUCUUUUUUUCCCUAACAACUUUACCGAAGCAUGAAUUGACGGACACAUCUGAUUGACUAUGAGAUGAUUACAUCUAAUUUACAAGCUGUUUUUCGUCUUUCAUCUAAAGUAAUAUUGAGGAAACCUAAAGAAUUAUCCCCUUUUUGAUUAACAGCGACACCAGUUUCUCUCCUCUCUAUUGAUCUCAUCUUCCUUGGGUGUCAUCUCCUCACUUUGAAGUGCAACAGCUAAAAAGGACUCUCUGGUUCUUGUACCGUGGUGUUAAACUAUAUGACAUUUCUAUUUGCACUUGCAGCUAUUUGCCUCCCUCCUUGUAAACAGUCAGUUCAGAUCAAUUUGUGGAGCCAAAAUGAAGUGAGUAAAAGCCACCCGUAAUAAUUCAAUGCAAAUGAAACAGACUGGAGCUACGUUUUACUGCCGUUCCAACGCAUGAGCAGUUUUGCACUGUGGCAAUUUCAGUAGGAAGCAAUUCCAGCUUGAAUUUCAGGUCCAACAAUGAAUUGAGGGGAUUCGAUCUGUCAAUUUUUAUUGUAGGCUGCACCGGCUACAUGGUAAUGGGAUGCAGAGGAGUCAUCAGUGUGCUUCUAACAUAUGUCAGGCACUUGUUUUUUCACAUGGAAUCUCUCUGGCUGGUUCUGUAUUUCUCCCCCUGUUGACUUCAUUGUAAUUGUUACAUACUGUACAUAUUUUUUUUCAGUUGCUGUUCCUCCUGUGCCUGUAACAAUGGUUAUAACAGUUCUGCCCUGUACAUACUGAUACAUACUAACAAUGGAAAAAUGAGCUCAGUUUGGUUGCAUCAGAGCAGCUCCGAGCCUGAGCUCCAGCUUUCUGAAGGGAAAAUAAAAAGUAAAUGCUGCAGAAAUAAUUUGAAUCUCAAGCUUGGCAAGGACACACUGUUAAUAUAUUUAGGCCUGAUUUGAUUAGUUUGUUAAAUAAAUAAAAAACGUUUUUUACAGCAAAA